AUGCAUCCAGGUCUGUCAAGCUUACUGCGCACCCUUCAGUUACAAAAAAGCGAAAAGCGCACGAUAACAUCCAAACAGUUUGCCGCGUGCGUUACGCUACUAUUCCCCGACCCCCCAAAGCGGCAGUCUGCUGGCCGACCUAGCGAUGGGCUGAGCGUUAGCGCAAGCCGUUAUGUUUCACCAGGUUGGCAAAACGCACUUACUCUAUUGGAGCUAUCACGCUACUGCGACCCACCAAGUGCUCAAAAACGGAUAUCGAAGCCCCAUCACUCUGUUGAUGCGGUUGAAACCGAAACAACGGAAAGGAUACUUAAUCUCGGUCGGUUUCCCCUCCAUCCUGAUGGUUGGACAACUGCCCUCUCGGUGCUUGAACGAUGGCGACAGCUUCAAGGACCUGAAUAUGGCAAGUCCUUUCCGAACUCGCUGUCCGUUGAAGCUGCCGCCGAUCUCGCCUACCUUGUUAGUUUCAGCAAACCGACCGGAGAGGGUGUCACGCCCUCAUGGCAGGAGGUUCUGAGCCUGUACCAGUAUGCCGUGCGGCAUACCAUUGACUCCUCGGAUAAUUCCCGUAGCUUUCGCUCCCUCCUCCAAGGGAUGCGACACACUGUGUCAUCGGCGCUUCUUCAUAGUGGGGAGUGGCUGAAGGCAUUACAUUUGUUUAAGCACGCGCUCUACCAACAUGAUGCGCCUGAUAGCGUCUCGACUGGACACCUGAUUCACAACUUAGGUAAGAAGCAGCAAUGGGAGGCAGUGAUGGAGAUCUACGAAUUGUGUGUGGCACUACUGCAGCGUGAGCGUGCGACCCCGAAGUGUAGACGGUCUGUUGAGCUGCAGUGGAGACUGGCCAAACAGUGGGGAACUACUUUUUCAAUGGCCAUGACCACGGUGAGCAAAGAAGGCUGUCAGCCACACCUCUUGAAGUCAAUGCUGAAGACUUUGUUGCAAGAUUCAAAUAAGCUGUCACCUCUUCCUUCCUCAUCUAGGUCUGGCUUUUCCAUUCCGUUGGCGCAGCUGGACGGUAACUUUUUGGAAGCGGUGCAGUCUGUGGAGAAUGAAAGGGAGCGAGUUGAGAUCCUGGAAGAAGCUCGACAGGCUAAUAUUUUGGACUAUUAUAAACUCAUCCGUGGUCUGACAUCUAAAGGCAAGUUGGAUGAGGCAAUGGCUGUGUUCACAAAAAGUAUGCAAAGUGAUCCACCUAGCCUCUCCCGUCGAGAAAUUGGUUUAAGUCGUCUUCAUUUACUCCACAUUAGCUCUCUUGAACAUGUUGAAAAAACAGUUGAAGCGCUGCAACAAGUAAGAAACCGGAAGCAGAGCUUUGAGCUUCUUUUAAACAACGCGGAGGUGGAAUGCAUCCUGUCGAAGACACUCCAAGCAACUACUUCACCUCCCGUUUCGUCCUUGCCAACUUCAUCCACAUCAAUGUCCACCAAGGAAAUAGGUGCCUCGAAUUUUUGGAGGUACUGUUUGCAAAUUCUACAGAAAACCUAUGUGGAUUUUUGGCAAAUCGGUGCAAAGGCCUCUCGUAAACCGACAUUGGCGUCGCUCUCGUUUAUAUUACGGAACGAGAGCCUACCAUGGCAAAUAGCGCUACUUAUCGUAAACAAACAAAAAGAUCUUCCUGAUGAAAGUCCGCCUUCAGAAUCGCGGAACCAGUGGGAUACCCUCUCCUCAUCCACAACCAUUGUAAGUGGCAACACUCACAAAGCUCAAUCAGUGCCAACCAGAGUCCUUCUUCUUAAUGCUGCGGCACGGCUAUUGUAUAAUCAGGGGCAAUCGUCGAAAGCUGACGAUCUUUCUUUGAGUAUCAUUCGAGACUUCCAGGUAUCGCCAUCCGCUACAUUCUUGAUGCGGUGUUCAUGGUCUAUGCUGGUGCAAGUACUCCUGCAAGAUGGUGUGAGUGUCGACUCACGCGUGCUUUACCAUAUCCUACACGAUUGUCGCCAUGACAACAGUCAAGAUCUGAGUUAUUCACUCCGUCCGUUCGUCAUUGUGUCGUUCCUCAUUGACAUGCAUGCUAGCGGUGGUACAGAAAACUGGUUGCCUGAUACCGUUCUGUCUCUCAUUGAGGUUGAUGUAGAUCUCAAACAGUUGCUAUCGAAACGGAAAAAGCAGGUAUUAGAUGCUUCAUUUGGUUCAAAUCCCCAGAAGCAACCCUCGUGCCGAUCGUGGCUGAUGUGCGUCCCCGGAUCGAUCCAUGUGGAAAUCCUAAAAAGGCUUAAAGAACCAGUACCGUGGGCCGAUGAGGAACUCCGCUGGGAACUUGUGGUGUCAUACAUUAGCCGCCUCACCCCAUCACCACUGCCAGUUGCUACGGAAGCCACAAGUGAUUCAAACCCCUCUGAAAAGAUGCAUGAAAGGUAUUAUUGUACAGUUUACGAAGCGGUUCUAACGUUACUAACACUUCUACCGAAGCUUUCCUCUGCAGCCCCCGCCAAGUCCGAUAUUCAAGUCGCGACGGAGCCCCUCGGCGACGAUCUCGCUCGCCCCUCGCCAUCCGUGCAAAAACACAUACGACUCCUGCAGGGGCUGAUAGGGCAUGCCACCGCGCAGCUGCGGUUUUCCCCCCCUCCGCACAUGCUCUUACCCAAUCAGACGGACCGUCUGCUCCCACGGCCUCCCACUGAAAAGGGCCGAGGGAGCCUAGUUGACCCGAUCGCGCGCUGUGCGGUGGCGGAGGCCCUGGUACGGUCCAGCUGCCAGGUCUUGCAGGGCCACGUGGGGGGGCCUGGACGCGGCCUGACCUCCCCAGGCCCAGUGACCCUCCACAGCCUCGUGAAGCUGUGCUGCCGUGUCGCGGAGUGGAGGAAGGAGCUGGGGCUCACAGGACAAACAGGGGAGGCCAUGGCACUAGAAGCGUGCGCGCAGGAACUGAUUCAACGGCAAGGCGAUACCUGCGGGAUCCACACUGUCUAUCCCAGCAGCUUGCACCUGCUAUACAAGCUGUGUGCGGUUCGAGGUCGGCAGUGGGAACGCGCCUUGCAGGUGACAAAGUACUUGAUUGAACUAGAGAAAAGGGUAAAUCAGACGGAGGAAACGAACGAAAAUAAUGGAGUCGACCUGCCGGAGGAUUCCCUUUAUAAACGGGUGAAUCAAGAACAUGCUCACCGCAUGAUGCGGGUCGUGCAGCCAAGCCAUUACCAGGCGUUUCAACGCCUUUUUGGUUGGGAGCAUGGGCUACAGUUGUGGUUUGAUCACUUUCCAAGUGAAGUCAUACAACGCGUGAGUGAGAAUCCGGCAGCACUAAACUGGUGUUUAUCAGCUUCCGACACCGGAAAGAAGUGA